AUGUCUACCACCGUCCACGUCUCAGGCAUCUCGCACGAGACAAGCGAAAAGGAAGUGAAGGACUUCUUUUCAUUCUGUGGCAAGAUCACUUCGCUGUCCAUCAAGCCCGAGUCCGACGCCAGCGAUGCCUCAAAGUCAGCCACCGUGACCUUUGAGAAGGAUACCGCGGCCAAGACAGCCCUCCUCCUCGACAACACCCAACUCGGCAAGUCUCAAGUCCACGUCACCACAGCCGGCACCAUAGACGAUGUUGCACACAAGGCAGGCGCCGCAGUGUCCUCCUCGACCGGCGAUGACCACAUCUCACAAGAAGACAAGCCAAGAUCACGAAUCGUCGCAGAGUAUCUCGCUCAUGGCUACACGCUGUCCGACAAUGUGAUCCAGUCCGCCAUUUCCAUGGACCAGAAGCACGGCAUCAGCCAGCGAUUCACCGCAGCAUUGACAAACUUCGACAACAAGACCAAAGCGAGCGACAAAGCCGCUGCUGUCGACAACAAGUACGGUGUGACAGAAAAGGCUUACAGUGCAUGGGGUAGCCUGAACACGUAUUUCGAGAAGGCACUCAACACGCCUACCGGCCAGAAAGUCAGACAAUUCUAUGUCGAGGGCGACAAGCAAGUCAGGGAUGUGCACAACGAAGCUCGCAGACUGGCAGAUCUCAAGAGCGGCAAGACCCACGAGCCAGAGGCGGUCCCGGGCUCAGACAAGACUGUUUGUAAGUGUGGUGGCUCCGAGGGUGUCUGCGGUUGUGCCCCAGGACACUGCAACUGCGCAAACUGCGCCAAGAGCGAUGUUGGCGACAACCAGCCAGUACCAGUGAAAAACACCGAAAAGACGGUCUGCAAAUGUGGUGGAAGCGAUGGGAACUGCCCAUGCGCACCUGGCCACUGCGCUUGCUCGAACUGCGCCAAGUCAUCCACGUCUGCAACCUCCGAGGCCAAAGAGGCCGCUCAGGCGUCGGGUCAGCAACUGCCAGCAGGUAGUGUCUGA